GGUCUACAAACAUAAAGAUAAACCUCUUCCUAUCUACUAGCAGCAAGGCUAGCAAAAUUGCGUCCUGAUGUCGAUAUUGUUAUAGGCAACUAUGUUCGCAGGACCUUGAGCGGAAAACUUACAAUACCAAGUUAAUGGCAAGAGAUGAAAGAUCACAGCUGUCUCUGCUUACUUAUCCUAUGAUCCUUUGUGUUUUCCGCCGACGUAAGAACUAAGGGAUCUGGAAGUGUAUGCAGAAUUAAGUGGGUGAACUCUUAAUAGAUUGUGAUGCGAACGCUGUGCAUAUUUGUUGGGGCGGUAGCAAAUCCAAUCCUGGAGGAGAGAAGUUCUUUGAUUUUAUCAUUUCAGCUGGUCUCAUGUUCCUUCAGAGUUGGCUCGGUCAUCUCUCAACAGUGGAUGUAUUAACCGGAGCAGGAGUUUAAAAAGGGUCAACUGGAUAAGUAUGUUAGGGAUUUGAGCCUUGGAUUAAGUAAAUUGCGCUCGACGGAUGUUAAAAAAAUUGGUACCGCUUCGGUAUCUAAGUUAAGUUUAGAUUAAUACUGUUUUCAAUGGUUGUAUAAAUUAGUAGAGGGGACUGAGAAAGACUGGAAUUAACAGUGGGAAUCAAGCAACACCGGCACUGGUGAUAUUGAUGUGGUGAUAAUAUUGAUGAUUCAACAAAAAACGGGGGUUGCUUCCUUACCCGUUACGGAAACACAAUUUCAAAAUGACUGGAAUAUGGCGUUACCAUACGAAAAGAUUCCCGGACCAUCACGGCUAACCCUAAUAAAAGAUAGUUUACCUGGAGGUAAAUUCACAACUCUGAAUCUGGGCGACGUAAUGGAAGAGUACCGUCAUCAAUAUGGAGAAAUUUAUAAACUACCUGGAAUGUUUGGAAAACCUGAUACUACGGUUGUUUUUGAUCCAAAGGACUUCGAAGCAAUUUAUCGCACAGAAGGUGUUUGGCCUGUUCGUCCCAGUUUGGAGACCGUCGCAUAUUACAGGAAGAAGAUUCGACCAGAUAUUUAUUCGACCGGUGGACUGGGAAAUGAGCAAGGAAAAGAAUGGGCUGAAUUCAGGACAGCCGUAAAUCCGGUGAUGAUGAAACCUAAGAUUGUGAAAUUAUAUGUUCCACAAAUUGAUAAAUUCGUAGAUGAAUUUAUCGUUAGAUUGAAGAAAAUUCGAGAUUCAAAUACAAAUGAACUACCCGAAAAUUUCGAGGAGGAAUUGAACAGGUGGUCUUUGGAGGCUAUUUGCAUAAUAGCCCUCGACACACGCCUCGGAAUUAUGGGAAACUUGGACAGAAAUAGUAAAGAACAUAAAUUUAUAGCUGCUGUGAAGAGAUUCUUUUAUUUGAUGUCUGUACUCGACUUAAAACCAUCAAUGUGGAAAGUAUUUCCCACCGCAGACUUCAAGGAAAUGAUGCGUGUUUUAGAUGUUAUAACAGAUUUCAGUUUCCACCAUGUGAAUGAAGCGAAAAAACGUUUGGAAUCCAAAACGGAUAUAAAAGGUGAAAAAGAACAAAGCGUUCUUGAGAAACUUAUUGAAAUCGAUUCAAAAGUGGCUACAGUCAUGGCUACGGAUAUGGUAAUAGCAGGUGUUGAUACUACGAGUUCGGCUAUCACCAGUAUUUUGUUCACUCUUGCAAAGAAUCCCGAUAAGCAGGAGAUUCUUCGCAAUGAAUUACGAAAAAUUCUUCCCGAGAAGGAUAGUCCACUAACUCCACAAAGCAUGUCUAACUUACCAUACUUUCGAGCAUGUAUCAAAGAAUCUUUGAGGAUUUUACCUGUUGUUAAUGGUAAUGCUCGCCGGACUGGACAAGAUUUAGUGUUGAAGGGUUACAAGAUACCUAAAGGAACACAGGUUUUAUUGCAAUCUGCAUAUACUCAGGUGGAUGAAAAACUGUAUACCGGCGGAAAAAAGUUCAUGCCCGAAAGAUGGCUUAAAAAUCAGGAAUCUGAACUUAGCAAGGAAGCCAAAAAGGUGAAUCCAUUCACAUUUCUUCCAUUCGGUUUCGGACCUCGUAUGUGUAUUGGCCGCCGUUUUGCUGAACUCGAAAUAGAAGUUUUUGUUUCGAAGCUUGUUCGGAAUUUUUAUAUUGAGUGGGAUCAACCAGAUUUGAAAUUUAAGACAGUCGCAAUUAACGUCCCUGAUGGCAAACUACAAUUUAAAAUAAAGGAUGUGGAAAAUUAGAUUGAAAUGUAAUGGUAGAUCUAGAUAACAACAACGUUUAUUAUUUUCCAAGAGAUUCCUCUGCAUUUUCCACUGAAUUGAGUGCGCAUUUAGUAAGUCCUCAUUUAGUUUUUGAAUUUGCAUAUGGGAUGCAGCACACAAAGGAAAUUGGUAUUGUUGUAAUAAAUGCGAGAUUCGUCAAUUGAGGUACAUGUUGAUCUUCGUUUUUUUUUUGUUAAUUAAUGUCAUUAGUUUUUGAAAUGUAUUUUAGUCAUUGAUAUCCAUGGAUUGUGGUACUUUCUCCUGGAAUAGAAAUGAGAUGUUUUGACUGUAAUGUAUAAUGUAUUAGCAUAAUUCUCCACAAAAAAUUUUUACAUAUAUGUAUAUAUUUCCUAUAUUUGCAUAAAACUUACGGAAAUAAAAUUAGUGAAGUAGGUGUUCAAACAGU